AUGGCGCCCUCAGAGGCUCUCCCAAGAGCGGGGGCGCAUCCAGGGGCCCUCCCAGGAGCGGCGGCACCCACAGGGGUCCUCCCAGGGGCAGCAACGCCCCCAAAGGACUUCCCAGGAAUGGUGGCUCCCCCGGGGCCCGCCGAGGGGCAACGACGUCCCCAGGGGCUCUUCUUAGGGGCAGUGACGCCCCCAGGUGCUCUUCUUAGUGCUGCAGUGCCCCAUAGGGGCCCUUCCAGGGACGGUGGUGCACCCUGGGCUACUCCCUGGGACCCUACCAGAGGCGCCCCCCUCCCAGGAGACCACUAG